UGAACCAUAAUGCUGGGGCAGGACUUCAGGAAGAAGGAACUUUCUGAUAUGUCCAGUCCAACUUGGGGAGCUAGCUAUCCCUGCAAUCCGUUUGAAAGGAGCCUGCUUAGGGUUUUCAGGCAGCUGGAGGCAUGUCAGCAGGGAAGUGGAAGGUGGUAGAUCUAUCCAGCCCCAUUAGCAACCAGUUAUUGAGGAUCUGGGUGGUGCAGGGGAGCGGGAGAGGAGCGCUGAGUGUUACCUCUUGAGGUUACCACUGCAAUCUGUCUUCUAGCACUGUGCAAAUCCAACUUCACAUGGACUUGCCUUUGAGGAGGCCUCAGUUCUUUAUGGGAAAACACAGGCGGUCUUAGUCCAAGUCCUGGUAGACAAGUGUUUACAACAGGCUCUGACUGGCAUCUCUGCUGACAAUCUUAAUCAAAAAGCCUGGGGGGGAUUAGCCAGACCCAGGUGUGAGUGUGCACCUAGCAAGCUAAGGUAGCAGCACAGGGAGACACCUGCCAUACUGUGCCCUGCUGUCACUGCUGUGCUGAGGAUAGGAAGAGGACUCCAGCAGCAACACCCUCUCUUGGCACAACCCUCCUCAUGGAGAGAUGGAGAUGGAGAUUCACCUUCAGUGAGAAGAAAUGCGAAGAAAAAAAAGAGGACUGAGGGAAAGAGGGAAUGCAAAAAAUAGAAGGCAAGAGAGAAAAAAGGAGGAGAGUGGAAGAACUGGGGAAAGAGGAGAAGUCACCAAUGUUCAUGGCCAUAGGAUCAAUGCUGCUGUCUGUUGCUGCGCAAAGGACUCUGACGGUGGUCCUGAUUUCCCAUCAUCCUCUGCCCCUGAAGGACCAGUUCCCCAAAAACUGUCCAAGAAGCCUUACCUCAACCACCGGAUGUUCCCUGUCACAACCUCGAACCAGGGGAUUGGAUCUACGUAAAGGUCUAUCAACGGAAAAACGCACUUCAACCCAGAUGGAAAGGACCUUUCCAGGUACUUCUAACCACUAAUUCUGCUGUUCGUUGCCAAGGUCACCAAACGUGGACUCACGCCUCGCACUGCAAGAAGGUAUCACCUCCAUUGGACCCCGAAGCAGCUGUAUUCCAACCAAGGUUGGGAUCUUUCCCUGAGGCCAAGGACAAAGACCCUCAGGACCUCACUCAGGCAAGUGAGGAGCAUCAGGGUGCAAGUGCUAGUAACCUCUCCCCUGCACCCAACACCUCAGCCCAGCCGGAUUCAUCAGUUGAAGAACGAAGAUAUCAUCUUCGGCCUCGAAGAAAGUGAAUGCUCCCAUUCGGAAGAUCACCACCUCGAUCAAGACCAAGAGCCGACAUUAUCAGUCCUUUAGGUAAUUUGAGCCCAGAGGACGAAGAAAGACUUUGGCUGCCAUCCUGGGUUUGGCUGGUAGUGUUCUUUUUCUUACUGGUGCUGGUUAUGUUUGUUGUUAAGAUUCUUUGUCCCUCCUGUAUCUAAAAAUGGCACUGAUAUCCUUAUAUAUCACACUUGGGUAUCUCAGUAUCACCCAAGGGGGGUGGGAGAAAAAUUUGUAUUUGCAGAUCUCCCAUGCGGUGGCUCAAGCUGGAAAUAAAAGUGACUGCUGGAUAUGCUCUCACAGCCCAGCACACCUACACCAAGGAAUCCCAAUGAUCGGAGUACCAAUAUCCCUCCAGCAAUGGGGAACAAUAAACGGCGGCUUCGUUAGACACUACUCGUUAGCUGCCCAUCGGUCCGCUCCUAAAGAAUGGAGGGCCGCCCCUGCUAACUGGAUAAUCUCCCCAAGAGUAGAGGCGCCUUUCUGUUACAGAUCCAACAACACCGGAGCUUAUAAUAAAGCCACACCUGUAGGACACUACCCUCAUUGCCUAACUACUCUAGAUUAUAGCCCUAGUAGCACCAGUGGAAUCCUGUUGGGUAACGUACCCUCUCUCAAUUGUACAGGAUUCAUGGUCUACAACUUUUCUAAGGAACCUCAUGUUGCUCUCAUUGCAAACAGAUCAGAAUUUUACAUUCACUCCAAUUUUACUUCUUGUAAUAUAUCUCGGUCCAGCAGAAUAACAGCUGAACGUGGACCGUCCUAUACGAUGCAUAUCAAUCGAAAGUGCCGGAUAGGGCACAACAACUGCCGAGAUUUGAGUACCCUUUCUGCCCCAGGCCUUUACUGGCUCUGCGGAAACAGGGCUCAUAAAAUCUUGCCCUGGAAUUGGGUGGGGACAUGCACUCUUGGACGUGUUAUCCCUGGUUUCGAAAUGCAUAGUGCAAUAUAUCUGGAACAAGUAAAAAAUUUCAACCAUCACAUGAAAAGGGCGGUUAACCCCUUAGCUACCAGAAACACAGGGUUCCAUCGAUUUGUGAGAACCUUCAUACCGUGGCUUGGAGUAAGAGAAUUGGAACUAGCCAUAAUUAACAUUUCAGCCACAAUGGAAGCUAUGGGAAAUGCCACUGCGGAUGCAAUUCAGGCUCUGCAAAAAGAGAUCUCCCAGAUCUCACAAGUAACUAUACAACACCGCAUAGCCCUAGAUUACCUAUUGGUAUCCCAGGGAGGAGUAUGUGCCUUAGUAAACUCCACCUGUUGUGUCUAUGUCAAUCAGGACAUGCGAAUCGAAACUGACAUUCGCAAAAUCCGAAAUCAGUUAAGGGUCCUACAUCAAGUGGCCUCAGAAAAUACUGACUGGGGUCUAGAAGAAAUGUGGUCUUGGCUAACCUCCUGGCUCCCAGAUUUCGGGGCCCUUGGCAAGAAAAUCCUGUAUGGAAUAUUGUUUGUCUUGAUAGUUCUGAUAAUGUUCUAUGUCUUAAUGCAACUGAUCCUCUGCUGCGUGAAAGCCAGCAGGGGAAGCUUUAGCAAGGCAAGAAAACCCACAGCAGAGUCUAGAAUAAUGUUGUUACAAAAGUGUGAGCAGAUUGAAAGAAAACAUGAAAGGCUGCAUGAUGAAAUAGAGGGGCUCAUGAGAAUGGAAAUUUAAGGCUAAAGUGAGACUAAAUAGUCUCAAAGGGGGGGGCUGUGGAAUCAGAAAAAAUAUAUGCCUUAAACUUUGAUUAUUUUAGUUAUAAGAUGACAUAACCGCUUUGUGUAGAAUUGCUGGCUUGGUACAGUAGAACAGAUAAGGGCAAGUGUUUGUUCUUUGUAACUCUUCUGCAAAUGCUUCACUCACCGCGGCCUUGAAGGUAGAAAAAAAAAAAAGUAUGUACAAAGUAGAUUUCCAGGUGCAAGAAGGAGGUUUGUGAACUAACCCUAUCUCCCCCAUAAUUCCCAUCCUGAUAACAGCAAAGAAAUAAUGAAGUAAUAUUAUAGCCGCUUUUCAUGCUAAUUUCACUAUAUGAUCACGUGAGUUGUAAGCGACUGUUAAAAAGUAUAUAAGCCUCCUGAUUUUGCUCUUGGGGGGGGACCCCUUCCAAGUGCUUGGGAAAUCCAUGUCACUUUGGAACUCCCCCUACAGCUGUAGUUUCUUUUGAAUAAAAGCUUCUGCUGACCUGA